UGCCACGAUCCUCUCUCUUAUUGGCCGGCCAACGUUCGUUCAUUUCCUUAACAACAAAAAGUAACCAGCAUGAAGUGUGUGUAGGCACACGCUCUAGAAAUAAUUCGGCAAUGAAAAGCUGGCUGACAGUGUGUGUUGUAGCGGCUGCGGUGGUGUACGGUCUUGGCAGAGCGAACAGUGAGAAGUUGGGCUCUGAUGGAACAAUUAGUUUCUCGGCCCCAUCGCUAGACACGGAGGAGACACAUUCGAGCCACAUGCCGCAACGUCUGCGCUGCGACGCGUGUCGGGCAAUUGCGUUUCAGUUUAAAGACUAUCUUUCUAAAGCUGAGAAUAAGCGAACUGGAAAAACACAACUAAGUGAAUCAGAGUACAUUGAUACGAUUGAGCAAUGCUGCUCUCAGAAAUGGGACCAGUAUGGGCUAAAAGAGGUGAAUGGAAUGAAAAGGAUUUCUGGGCCUGGUUUGGAAGAAGAAGAAAAAAUGGGCAUGGUGAUGCUUGGAGGGCCAUGGCCAGGAAGAUUGUAUAAAAUGUGCCAUAGCUAUCUUGGGGAGUACGAGGAAGCUGAUAUUUACAAAGCCUACAGAAAAAAUCCUCAUUUCUUAGAAGAGUUUCUUUGUUUUGGAAAAAAUGGAGACUGCACAAAAUCUGGUCAAAUAAAAAAAAGAAAAUCCUCUGAAAAAGAACUGUAAAAUAUUCCUGAGGGUGGAAUACAUACAUGUUCAUGAUGUAAAUUGAUGCCACACAUUUUUAAAAUUGGAAUGUUGACAUUGUGCCUUCAGAAUACAUUGGUCUUAUGAAAAAUCUAUAAAUGUGUGCAAUUUUCAAUAUUUAUUUUUUCAGAUAUUCAUUAUUUCUUACUUCCAUCUAAGAAUAUUCAAAAUGUUUAUUUUUAUAUAGGCUUGCCUUAAAGAAACAAAGAUUACAAAUAAAACCAUUUUUCAGUCUAUAAUUUGUAUUUUGUUCUCUGAAUUCUAGAAAAAAAGAUAUUUUGUAUCUAUAACAUUGCAGCCAACAAUGUGUCUGUGGAAGACUAAGGCCUUUUGUUGUUGUACUGUUUUUUGAUUCUGAAUGAAAGAAGCUAAUUUUGACACAGAUGAAUAUGUAGAGGUCAUCGCUAACGCUGAGGUAGAGUAGAGUAAAGUACAGUGUGUGCUUUGUCACUCUUCAGGCAUUUUGUGCUUUCAUGUAUACACAUCACUGAAUGUAACUGGCAGUGGAUGCAUCCACACAAGUAAGCCCAGCUACGGUUAUGCAGCUAGAUCGGCAGUUUGUUUUUAAGCUUGAGCAGUGGAGCCCACUGCUUGUAAUUUUCAGCACCCUAAAUACACAUCCUGUCUUUACCAUCUCAGCAGUGUAGAUGUGGGGAGGAGGAAAUUACAUUCUAAGCAAUUCCUCAGCAGAGUCUGCAUGUGUGUCACAAUUGUCAGUUAGUGGGAGAUUUUCGAGCCUUCACUAUUUUUUAAUUAUAUGUGAUUUUAAAAGUAGGUAUAUAUCAUUGUCAUUUUAUUAUUGAAUUUAAAACAUAUUUCUGUUAAUUGAGUAAUAAAGCAUUAUACAUUUUUGCCAGUGUCC